AUGGAGGUUUUAAUAAAGGGUGAAAAAAGAAUAAUCAAUAUCAAUAAUAUACUAUCAGGUAAAGAGACAGAUAUAAAAGAGCAACUAAUAUGCAAAAUAUGUCAAUCUAUAAUGAUGAACCCAGUUCAGUUUUGUGAAAGUGGACAUGUGUUUUGUAAAGAAUGUUUAACAAAGUGGUUGCAAAAGAACGUCAAUUUAAAUAGUAACAGUAGCAUGUGUUGUCCUACUUGCAGACAGGUAUAUUACUAUAAACCCUUAUUCAUUGAACAAAAUAAUUUUACAAUGAAUCAGAAAUAUUUAUUAAGUUCAAAUAAUGAAAUAAAAAGGAAAAUAAAUAAAAUAAAAGUACAUUGUCCUUAUUAUUUUAAAAAUGAUGAAUUAAAAGAAAUCGAGGAAAACAAUGACAAUGGAUGUAGAGAAAUAAUAAGAUUUGGGGAUGUUGCAAAUCAUAUAGAGACAUGCGAAUAUAGGUUUAUAACAUGCUCUAGUCAAAACAAUGGUUGCAAGGAUUUAAGGUAUAAAGAUAAAGAUAAUCACUAUGAAUCAUGCCCUUAUAUAACACUACAGUGUUCAUUAUGUAACAGUGACCAUUUAAGAAAGGAUGAAGAAGAACACCUAGCCAUAUGUCCAAACGUCAAAGUACCAUGCAAAUUUUGCUCAAGUAAUAUAGAAAGAAAUCAUUUAAUUGUCCACUAUACAGAAUGCCCAGAUUACCUUAUUGAAUGCGAAUUUAAGGAUUAUGGAUGUAACGAUACUUUCAAAAGGUGUGACAAGGAGGUUCAUUUAUCACAAUAUAGAUACCAUUACGAUUUUAAUUUAAAGAAAAUCAACGCACUAUCAACGGAACUAGAAAAGUUCAAGAUAUAUUAUUCAAAAAAGAUUAUUGUGUUUGAAAAGGUUAAUAUUUCAGAAGGAAAAAAAUCGAAUAUUGUUUCAAUUUCAAAAUCUUUAUUUGGUCAGCAUUGUAUGUUAUAUGUUUCAAAAAAGGAAAAAUAUUCUCACUUUGAUGUUUUUAUUAAAUCAAAUAAUAAAACUAUAUUUGAAGGUAAUUAUUUAUAA